AUGUCUUCUCAAAAAGAUGAGCGCAAGAUGAAAGCGCCUGCUGGAGAUGAGGGAAGUAAUCCGCCAAAGCGUAUUUGUACGGGUGGGGAAAAGGAUGGUGAAGAGCGCAGGCGAAAGGGUAUGGAUAUGUUAAAGCGGCGGGAAAAAUUGAUGCGUCUUAACCGCGUGUUACUCGAUAACUUACUUGAGUAUUGCCGAUUAUAUAACAGCCCGGCUUUGGAUAGCCUACCAGUAAAUUCUCCUUCAGGUACCGGUGGUGACGGAGCGGAUGCUAAUCAAGACGCUCGCCAUGAUAUAGAUCAUUCGCUGAUUCAGUUUGAAGAUAUUUUGACGCGAUGUCAAACGUUCUUUGAUGACUUUGUUGACUAUUCCCAGUCACAAAAGAACUGGUUUUUGAAUAUUCUACGUCGAUUUCCACAGUCAGGUGACGGUCCUCACGGAGCGGAUGGUAAUCCAGACAACGCCCACACAGCAUUUCAGUUGGUAAAGCGGCGGGAAGAGUUGAUGCUUCGUAACCGUGCGUUACUUAAUGACUUACUUGAGUAUUGCCGGUUAUAUAACAGUCCGGCUUUGGCUAGUCCACCGGAGAAAUCGCCUUCAGAUAACGGUUCUGAUGGGGCAGAUGGUAAUAAAGACGAUACGCAUGCUAAGGAUAAGCUUCCGCCUCAAGACGCCAAUGACUCCAAGGAUGAAUGA